ACGCUGGUCUCGCUUAAUUUUCCAUUCGGUCGGCAGUCGGCAACGGGUGUGGACGCAUCUUUGGAAAGCUCUUCAGAGUAAAAGGCGAUGGACUGUUCUUUGGAGAUUUCCGGGCGCGCGUCGGUACCUGGGCAGCGCGGCGCUUCAGGUAUGUUUCAGCGAAACCGGGUGUAACGGGGCUCACGGAAUGUGGACUGACUGGUGAGGUACUAUGUGCAGCGAUAGUGGUGAUUAUGUUGAUAAUUGGAGGAGUAGAGAAAAAUCCUGGGCCUGAGGCGUUGAAUGUCUGUUGUCGAGUUAUUAUGUAGCGGCUGCGACAAGAAGUUAAGGUCGGGAGUGCAGUGUGAUAAAUGCAACCAAUGGUUUCAUUACAUUGGUGGUAACGUGAAAUUACGCUCAGUCGAAAAUGGACAGUGGGUGUGUGAGAAAUGCAGGAAGGAAAUGGAACGCUGUAAUGAAGACAGAAUUAUUGCUCUAGAAAAUGAACUUCGUAACGCAAGGCUCCAGAUUGAAAAAUUUAAACGGAAAAAUUCAUUACUUGAAGUUCCGGAAAGUAAAACUCAUAAUAACUUGACCAGGAAUUGUGCGAGCAGCCACGUGUUAGGGGAUUCGAUAGUGCGUCAUGUUGGUACGGCAGACAGCGUAGAAGUGAAAUGUUUCCCGGGCAUUAGAAGGAGCAACUUUCGCAAAGUUCGAGUCUGAAAAUCGGGAGUGGGGGAUCCAGACGUUGUAUUAUUGCAUUUGGUGCACAACGAUUUGACAAAGAAAAAUUUAUUAUGUGAUGGGGGAAGUGCAUGUGGUAACUGCGGCAGAAGGCAAAAAUUUGUGUAUUAGAAUUGUCAUUAGGAUCGUGUUGUCGGCGACGAGACCAGGAUGGCAAGCGGAUCAGAAGUAAUUAAGAGGAGAAAAUUCGCCGCUGGAGGUGGAAAUGAAGUUGGGAGGUGACGUUUGUGGACCCAAACUGUUGGCUACAGGACAGCGACUUUGGACGAGAUGGUCUACACCCCAACCGGCGAGGUGCUGCUCGUCUCAGUGACCUACAUGCCAAUGUCACGUCGUCCUCUGUAAGAAAACCUCACGUCUGACAAAUAAAUGCCAGUACAGCAAUGGAUAUUUUCGAAGACGGCGAGAGGUUGGCGUCACAGGACGAUUUGUCGUUGGUUGAUGAGACGGCGGGACGAAAUGACGAAACGUGGGACGAAAUGACGGUGCGGAAAGUGGCGGAGGCGCGAGAAGAAAGAACAGGAGGAAUGGACGAAAAUGCGGCAGCGCUUGCGGCGCCAGCAGAGGACGAUGAAACGACGGUCACGGGUGUCACUACAGGUAAGGGUACUCUACGACUGUUGCGGUUUGACUCGCGCUCGCCGGUGGUGCUGUCUGUUCUGAGUUUGGAGCUGCCUGAAAUUACAAAUGACGACCUGUCGGAGCAUGUAGGGAUAAUGGACGAGUUAUGGGAAUGUCACAUGUCCUUUCGAGGCAUCUUUUUCCUUCAAGAUGCUCUUGGAAAAUAUGUGGGACUUUUCAGAGCUCAUCCAAAGAGAAGUAUUGCGUGGUAUAUAAUGGUCGACGGUAGUGUUAUAAAGAAGGCAAUAGAAGAGUUGAACUUAUUCUCACGUAACUUGGAUGCACAUAUUUUACCUAUAUUCAGGCCAUCAUCCUAUAAUGAUGAAACGUUCUUUUUUUCGGACGGCAGAAAAAUUAAAUCUCUUCAACAAGAAAUAAUAACUACUUUAAAAGAAAAAUUACUCUUUACUCUUCGGGACAUUCCUGCGUUGCAGAAGUUGGAUGCAGAAGCGGGACGCCUCUAUUCACUAGUCGCCAAACCCCAAAGAUUUCCGGAAAUCGACACUCUCGAGCAACUGGCAGAUUCCUCAAUGCCUGUGGUCAGCUAUGGUGAUAUGGUGAAUUACGUGUUUGUGAAAGAAGCAGAAAAUGCAGACAACGGACUCUCUCCUGCCAAAUUGCAGACUCAUCAAAGAAUUAUUCAACAAGGCAUUCGUUUGGUAGCAUAUGACGAGUUUCGGAAGAUGGUAAUUGAACGUGAAAAUGUUGCAUUUCUUGUUGAUGGCUACAUGUGGACGACUUCAUCAAGUGAAAUAUUAUUUGGAAGGAAGAUGCAUAACCUUAAAGAUUAUCUCAGCAAGAUAGGAACGUGCUUAUUAAUAACU